AUGACUAAACAACAAGACGACGUUAGAGUCCUUCAUUAUGAUAACGAUGGAAGUGGAUCAAUCCUCACAAAAUCCGCUUCUACCACUGCAGGAUCGGAGAUGGGAGACAAGGAUAUAAAAGUCAAGAAACGAUUUCACAACAAGUAUUGCAUACUUUCAUUCUUGAAGCCACCUUCUGCUAUAAGAGACUCACCAGACGAUACUCCUUCUCAAAGAAGAUGGAAGAUCGGUAAGAGAUUGGCUUAUUGGGGUGCAAUGUCUGCUGGCGGAAGUUCUUGA